AUGUGCCAUAAGAUCGAGGACGAUUAUCAGCACUUGGCGCACGAUUAUUUGAACGUGGACGAUGUGGUGAUUGCGCGUGUGGACUCGUCGAAGAACGAGAUCAAGGGCAUUCUGCCGCCCGAUUUCCCGAUGAUCGUGCUGUACAAGGCGGGAGGCGAUGGGGAGAGCCAGACCGUGCUGAAGGCCGAUCAGAUUACGUACAGCGUGCUGAAGAAGUUUGUGGAGAAUAACCGAGUGGUCGUGAACCUGCCCAAGAAGCUGGAAGCCGCCGAACCCGCUAAGGAAGAAGAAAAGGAAGAGGAGAUCAAGGAAGAGGAGAUCAAGGAGGAGGAGAUCAAGGAGGAGGAGAUCAAGGAGGAAGUAGAAGAGCCUAAGAAGGAAGAGGAGCCUAAGGAGGAAGUGCAGGACGAGGGAAUGUGCACGAGUCCGGACGAUCCGUGCAGUGAUAUAUCUGGGGAAAAGGAAGAAAAGGAGAAAGAGGAAGUGGAGAUGAAGAAGGAGGAAGAAGAAAAAGAAGAAGAAAUCAAGGAGGAAGAAGAAGAGCCUAAGAAGGAAGAGGAGCCUAAGAAGGAGGUACAGGACGAGGGAAUGUGCACGAGUCCGGACGAUCCGUGCAGUGAUGUAUCUGGGGAAAAGGAAGAAGAGGAAUUAUAAACAAACAUUCUAUUGGUU